CUCCCUUUACUAAUUUUUAUUCAAACAAACAGUUAGAGUUCAAGGUGCGAUAUCAAUCAUGUGUGGGCUUCCUCUCCCUGAAUGUGUUUACCGUCUGGCAUGUGCGAGGUGGGCAUGGAAACGGUGCCUCCAUACAGUUGGCCAUGACAGUAAAAACUUGGGGUCUUGCUACUACUGAAGAAUUUGAGCGUGUUCCUCGACUGUGCCGCUAUAUUCUAGAUGUCUAUGAAGACGAUUUACGGCACCUACUUUGGCUUCUGGGGGUAUGGGAUCAACCCAGAUUGGUUAAUUAUGAGCAAAACCUAUGAAGAUACUAAAGACCGGGUUCCUUCAUAUCUAUUGCAUCUUGAUCAUGAUCAUGCUGAUAUAGUUCUUGAUAUCAAAGGUCUCAAUUUGGCAAAGGAGAGUGACUAUCAAGUGCUUUUGGAUAAUAAGUUGGCGCAGGGGAAAUUUGAUGGCGGCUAUGUUCAUAAUGGACUCCUGAAGGCUUCAGGAAUGGGUUUGGAUGCAGAAUGUGAUAUUCAAAAGGGAUUGGUUCAGAAGUAUCUAAACUAUACAUUGACAUUUGCGGGACAUUCACUUGGGUCAGGGGUAGCUACAAUGCUGAUUGACGUUGGUGGAGGUGCAGCAUCGGGAGAAAUUAGGUAACCUUGACAGAGAGAGAAUCGGAUGCUAUGCCAUUGCACCUGCAAGGUGUAUGUCACUAAACUUGGUUGCUAGAUAUGCAGAUGCUAUCAAAUGUGGUGCUCUGGCGAGGAGGGCACUUCAUGAUAGCCUGCCAACAAAAAUCAACAAAAUUGAUUUGU